AUGAAGUUGAUGGUUGCUGUUUUGGUUUUUGUGGUUGUGGGUGCGAUUAAAUGCAGUAUUUUGGAUAAUAUACCACUUUUAGGAGCCAUAAAUCAAGACAGUGACCAAGAUCAACAAGAAACACCUGAUGACAACGUUGGUGAUAUUUUAAAUUCAUCUGCAAGUUCACUUACAGCUGAUGGCAAAGACCAAUCAAAUCUGGUCCUCGACAUCCUGAUGGAACCAUCACAAGACAGUCCUUUGGCCACAAUAGGAGAAAUUCCAAAAGACCUCACCUUAGGUUUAACAAGUUUUGCAAAUUGGAUGGGAUUGACACAACCAUUUGAUAAUGGAUUUGCAGAUAUAUCACAACUCCUAGUAUCUGCUGUUUACGAUUUGGAUAUGGAGCAAUCUGCAGGGAGUCAUAUGGCUGGAUUGAUACAGCAAAAAACAACAACAGAUUUGAUACAACAAUAUGAAUAUCCUCAUGAAACUCAUCAUGUGACAACUGAAGAUGGAUAUAUUUUGGAGAUGCAUAGAAUUCCUUUCCAAAACAAAGUGCGAUAUCAAGGUGUAGUUUUUUUGAUGCACGGUUUGCUAUCGAGUUCUGCAGAUUGGGUCGUCAUUGGUCCACAAAAAGCUUUAGGAUUUCUUUUACACGAUAUUGGUUUUGAUGUCUGGAUGGGCAAUGCCAGAGGCAACAAAUACUCAAGAGGACAUUUAGAACUCAACAGUGCUACUGAUUCUGAAUAUUGGGACUUCAGCUGGCACGAGAUUGGUUCUAAAGAUCUACCAGCUAUGUUAGACUAUAUCUUAGAUACAACUGGUGAACAAAAGUUGACUUAUGUAGGACAUUCCCAAGGAACAACUUCCUUUUGGGUGAUGGCUUCAGAAAAACCAGAAUACAACACCAAAAUUAAAUCGAUGCAGGCUUUGGCACCAGUCGCAUUUAUGAGUCAUGUGACUAAUCUAGUUGUUAACCUGUUGGCAACCACGUUAUCUGGUGUACUGCUUGUCACAAAUUUAUUUGGCCAAUUCGAGUUCUUGCCGUCUAAAGGUCUUGAGACAUUGUUGGGAAGGUUUUUAUGUGCUGAUGAAGAUCCUUUGCAAAUGGCAUGUACCAACAUGUAUUUUAUCGCGAUAGGAUACAAUCCUUCACAAUUGAACGCGCCUUUGCUACCAGAAAUCCUAAACAAUGUACCAGCUGGAGCGUCAACAAAACAAUUCUUACAUUAUGGCCAACUCAUUGCCUCCAAAAAGUUCAGACAAUACGACCACGGCCAAUUAGGCAAUCUAAAACAAUACGGAUCUCCAGAACCACCUGAAUAUGAUAUAUCCAAAAUUACGACACCAGUUGCUUUUUACACAGGACCAAAUGAUAAUUUGGGAGACCCUGAGGAUGCUGAACAAAUGGCAUCGCUCCUGCCUAAUUUGGUCGUAAACUUUUUGGGACCAAUACCUCUUUGGACGCACGCUGAUUUUAUUUAUGGAAAAGACGUCAAAGAAUUAUUUUAUGAUAAAGAGAAAAUAAUUGCAGCCGAAGGUUACCCAAGCGAAACCUACAACGUGACCUCCGAAGAUGGAUACAUCCUAACAGUCCACAGAAUACCCUUUAGCCCUUCAAAAGGUCAACCAACAAAAGGCGUAGUCUUUCUGCAACAUGGUCUUUUGUGCAGCUCCGCCGAUUGGGUUGUCAUGGGCAAACAAAAAGGCCUAGGUUUCAUCUUAUCUGACGAAGGUUAUGAUGUGUGGCUGGGCAAUGCAAGAGGCAACACGUUCUCUAAAAGACAUAUCACUUUGGAUCCUAAAAAAGAUGCCAGAAAGUUCUGGGAAUUCAGUUGGAACGAAAUCGGUAUGUACGAUUUACCAGCUAUGAUCGACUUUGUGUUAAAAUCCACUGGUGAAUCCAAAUUGAACUACGUUGGUCACUCUCAAGGAACAACAUCGUUCUUUGUGAUGGCUUCUGAAAGGCCAGAAUACAACAAUAAAAUCAAAUCUAUGCAAGCUUUGGCACCUGUUGCUUUCAUGUCCCACAUGAACAGUCCAGUUGUUAGAAUUUUGGCACCAUUUGUUUUCAACUUGGAGUUCCUCACCAGUGUAAUUGGUUUACACGAAUUUCUGCCUACGACCGACUUUUUGGCAGGUAUUUCUGAUAAUUUUUGUAAUGAUGGACAGUGGACGCAGGAAAUAUGUUCAGGGGUUCUUUUCUUACUUUGUGGAUUCAAUGAGGAACAACUGAACUCUACUGCUUUACCAGCAAUUCUCCAAAACACACCAGCUGGUGCAUCUACAAAACAGUUGGUCCACUAUGGACAAGAAGCCAAUUCAGCUAAAUUCCGCAAAUUCGACUUCGGCUGGUUCAAAAAUUUGAAAAAAUACAAUCAAACAAGUCCACCAGACUACGAUUUGAAAAAAGUCACGACUCCUGUAGCUCUGCACUAUAGUGACAACGACUGGAUGGCAAAUCCAAAGGAUGUUGACAUUUUGCACAACCAGUUGGCAAACUCUUUGGGCAAAUUCAAGGUUUCGGAUUCGAAAUGGAACCAUUUGGAUUUCACUUGGGGAAAAGAUGCUGAUAAGCUUUUGUAUCCAAAAGUUAUCAGUUUGUUGAAUAGAUUCGCUUAG